ACUGCUACCAAUUCUCCCCGAAGCGGCCGUCGGCAUUGUUGUCUGCUAGCUGCUAGCUGAACUUGUGGUUGGAGCAAUUCGCAGUUUGCAUUAAAUAUCUUUGGUAGGUGGAGAAACUGAGGAAAUGGAGGCUCAGGCUUCAAUCAACCAUCCUCCACUAAAAAAUGGGCCGCAGCCGAAUCAGAGGAGAAAUGCGAGGAGAAAGCAGCCGCAGCAUUCUGCUGAUAUAGUAUUCACCAAAGGGACAUCCAUACAGACCUUGCCCUCUCUCAGCAAACAGUUGAAGGGGGUCACAGAGUGUAUCAUUGGUCUUCAGUAUGUGUGGGAGUACCGCAGUCCCAGUAAAUCUGUCCCACCACACUACCAGUGCAAACUCUGUGCCGUCUCCCGCCUGCAGCAUGAUAUGCUUGCCCACGUCAAAGGCUGGAAACACAGCUUCAGAUACUUGAAAAAGGCCCAUGCUGACAAGGUCACCCAAGAAGAAGAAGAGGCCAUCAAAGACCCUGCUGUAAGGAAGGCAAUUAAAGAGGUUGCAGCUGAGGUGGAGAAGACAGAGGGGAGGGGACAACUCAAGGUGAUUCUGAAGGAACCCUGUGAAGUACCUGCUUUCAAAGGACUCCGUUCUGCUGCUCCUAAGGUUAUGCCUCCACCAGCACCAGGGAUGGGACUAAAGGGACCGCCAUUUGGUCCGAGGUUCUCCGACCCGAGGUUUCCAGGGGAGUUUCCUCCUCAGGGUGGUCCUCUCUCUGACUAUCCAGCUGGAGACUAUGGGGAGACUGGCUUUGGAGGCUACUCGACCAGGCAACAUUUCCAUGACUCUGGUAUGGAUAGAAGACCUUUCCCAGAUGGUAUGGGUCAUCGCCCAGCUGGAGAUGUUUUUGGACCAGGUGGUGGAAGAGAUGGCUAUGGAAGGAGUGGAGUACUGGAGCAGACCCCAGGCAGAAUGUAUCCUGAUGAAUACCGGGGCAGCCAAAUGGGGAGAGGCUUAAUGGACAGACCAGUGGACAAGCCACUGGACAGGCAACUGGACAGGCCACUGGACAGGCCAGGCCUAAUGGGGCCAGCUCCAGAGAGUAGCAGCCAUCCUAAUGCACUACUCACUUACCUGGAUACUUUCCGGAUAGAGAAUGAGAGUGACGCACAGCUGGUGCUGAAGGUGACACAGAAACUAACAGAUGUGCUGAUGGAGUACAGGCUGAGGAGCGUAUCGGCGGGUUCUAGUCUUAAUAGCUUGUCCAUGAGCUCCACAAGCUUCUCCUCCACACCCUCCAGAUUGUCAAACAGUAGCGACCGAUACUCAAGUAGUCUCUCAGGUCCAUCCAGAUACUCUGACGGUCCAUCCUCAUAUUACAAAUGACCAUCACAAGAUGUCACACCUCGAUCUUCUCAUCGCUGUCUUACAUGCGCAUCAGACAGAACUGUCCAGGAGUUCAAAACUAUUGAUUUUAUGUAAAUUUUUAUGCUUCUAGAUAUAGUUUUUUCUGUUGCUACUUAGUAGUCUUUUUUAAUGUCUUUGACUUGGAAAGUUUUACACAAAAUCACGUGCAUGUUUAACUGAUCAUAAGUGUGUGGCCACUGUGAGUUUCCCAAGGUCCAAUUUUAUUAAAAGUUAUAGAGAAACA